CAAACUCAACAUAUUAUGCGAGUUCCAGUCAAGAUUCCAGUACUCUUGAGAUGAAACUGUUGGCUUCCAUUUGUGAAACAUCCAGAAACAAUACCACAAAAAAUUACACGGAAAUCACGUGAAAAUAAAGACGAAUUGCUGCACCCCGAUGAAAAUAAGACAAACUCUAACAACAAUAGCGAACUAUCCUACUUAACACUACGUGAUCGGCUCAAUCGUUAGGUAAGAUAAAUAAAUAUUCCGAAGUAAAAUUUGCGGAAGGCAUAGCACCACCAGACGUUUCGAAAUUCAGCCGGCAAAUAUUAAAAACAACUUGGAACAAAGCAAACGCGCGACAGCUUUGAAAAUGCAGCCACUCGCGCGCACAGCCUGCUACAAAUGACUUUCAAUCUGUUUUACCAAAAACAGUCAAUAUUAUUAAUAAUACAGUUGACUCUCUACAUCUCGAUAUUGAAGGGACCAUCGAGAUAGGGAGAGAUCGAUCUCAAGAACCAAUUUGUAAUGCACACUAGAUUGGAAAAUCGUCCGUAACUAGGAAAAACCGUCAACAAACAGAUGUCACUUCGCUUUCUCAGAAUGUUUUGCUCCUAAGAAACGAGAUCUAGCAACCUGUAAAAACGGGCAUAUCGACAUAUGGAGAGAAAAUCUAGAACAAAAACGAACGAGAUCGCAUCGAGAUAGAGAGAUAUCGAGAUAAGGAGAUAUCGACAUGUAGAAAGGUCAAAUGUAUGCAGAUUGAAGGGACCGACCAAACCAUCGAGAUAGGGAAAGAUAUCGAGAUGUGAAACAUCGACAUGUGGAGAGUCGACUGUAUUCCAAAUAGACCAAAAGCUAAACGUUUGUGUUAAUCUUGUCUCAAUCACCUAGUUACAUGGAAAUCAACCAUUAAUGUACUUUUUAUUUCUCAUUAUUUUCCAGAAACUGCUCUGCUCAUAGACGGUGCCUACCUGAGUCCAAACUUCUAGCCACCGCUGAUAUCAUCGGACAGUUUCGGAAAACUGUUUCGUGACCAGGAUUCUUGGUAAUCGUGCCUUAAAGCUAUUAACACCUCGCUAUAUCGCUGAGGACGAUUCGAGAUAGCAAGAGAAAAAAAACAACACGUAAGCCACGCAGCCGAAAGCGGAUGGAACGGCGUUUUGCCGAAAAAUUAAAAUAAAAAGUAUGGCAUCUUGGACUAGAGUUCAUUAGUGCGUUGUGGUUCGGUUCGGUUCGCUGAAAGUUGAUUCGACCCAGAAAGUGUUUCCGCCGUCUCGGUGGAUAAAUAAAUAACACAACGGACACGCCGAGAUAAUGAUCGAUGGUGACGAGGAGAGAUAGAUAGCAGUCACUGUAGCAGUGUGCACGCGGUUGGGUUUCGGAUUUAGUGACCAGGAUUAGGGUGUGAUUAAUGAUAACGGGAAAAGCAAAAUCGGUGACCGCAGUGACGAGUGACGCGUGGUGCGGAGAGCAUCAGCACGAGAAGAGUACAAUCAUGUCCGACAUCUGUGAUUUCGAGUGGUCCAACAACCGCUUCCGGCACAAUUUGACCAUAUCCGAUCUCAAAGGGUACAACAAAAAUGAACCCACCGAUCGGAGUAGGGCGCUGAUAGCCCUGAAGGAGCUAAUCGGGGCUAGUAUGGACUAUGCCUUGAAGGAUAAGUCCUGCUUUCAGGACGACGAGUUCCUGCUUAGAUUUCUGUAUGCUCGAAAGUUCAAUGUGAAUGAUGCCUUUCAGUUAGUGAUCAAUUACCAUGCAUAUCGACAACGAAACGGGCCUCUACUGCAGCGAUUAUCAGUGUUAGAUGAAAAUAUUCAAUUAGCGUUGAGGGAUGGGUUCCCUGGGGUGUUACCAAACAGGGACCGAAGAGGCAGGAAAGUGUUGAUAUUCCUGGCCGGGAAUUGGGAUUACUCGUCGUACUCGCUAGUCACGGUGUACCGGGCGUUGCUCCUUUCGUUGGAGAAGUUGCUGGAAGAUAAACAGAACCAGGCGAACGGGUUUAUUGCGAUCGUGGAUUGGACCAACUUUACGUUCCGGCAAUCGUCCAAUUUGAAUCCCAAAGUGCUGAAGCUGAUGAUUGAAGGUUUACAGGACUGCUUCCCGGUUCGCUUCAAAGCGAUCCACUUCAUCGGUCAACCGUGGUACGUGGAAGCGGCCCUCGCCGUAAUCCGACCGUUCCUCAAGGAAAAAACGCGUGAACGGAUAAAGUUGCACGGCGGAAACCUCUCGACGCUCCACGACUGCGUCGCCCGGGACAUACUCCCCACGGAGCUCGGCGGCGAAGGGCCCACGUUCAAUCCGCUCAACUGGUACCACGAGCUGCUCGAGUCGAGUCAAAUCGCAACCAAACCCGCGCCAUCGUACAUUCUAAGUCAACCCCAGUACUACACCAAAUCCCCGGCGCCACCGAUGGCAGUGACGACCACGACAACGACCGCAAUCUCGACGACGGCCACGGUGGGCUCGGAUUUCCUGAAAAGUACCAAAGCAGCCGCGGUGAAAAUCGGAGUGCUCACCACCAAGGCAAACGAUCCGGCCGCGAAUACCCUGCUGGGCGUGGGGAGCGACACGUGACGGUCGCUUGUGGACGACGACGACGACGGAUCGGAGCAACAGCAGCAGCAACAACAACAACACCUGGUGACGGCGGUUCCGGACGGUUCGGUGUCUCGAUGAUGCAAGGUCCUGAUCUCAAAUUUCCUCCACACAUUCGUUCAUUCAUCCAACUGGUUCGUCGUUCCUGCGACGACGUGCUAGUACAUACUCACCGCAAAAACAACGACUCGUUCUGCAUCAACGGGGUCACCAUGUUAAGAUACGGAGAAAAUGCUGCUGUUCCGAGCUUCGAGAGAUUACGGUUGC